UGGACUUUCAAAUUGCAAUUAUUUUUUAGGUUAAAGGUUAAAGUCCAAUAGUUUGUAUCUUUCCAAAAUUUAGAAAAUUCUUUACAUACUUUAUUUUUAAUUUAGUAUAAUAGCUAUUAAAAUGGCACGCGUACUAGUUGGAGUUAAAAGAGUAAUCGAUUAUGCAGUAAAGAUUCGCGUAAAACCCGAUAAAACUGGUGUUGUAACCGAUGGCAUCAAGCAUUCUAUGAAUCCGUUCGAUGAAAUAGCCGUAGAGGAAGCAGUGAGGAUGAAGGAGAAGAAACUAGCUUCCGAAGUUAUUGCAGUUUCUUGCGGUCCGGCUCAAUCACAAGAAGUGAUAAGGACUGCUCUAGCUAUGGGAGUUGACAAAGGAAUACACGUUGAAGUUGCCGGUGCCGAAUACGAAACAUUACAGCCAAUUCACGUUUCCAAAAUUUUGGCUAAAAUCGCUCAAAAUGAGAAAGCCGAUUUAAUCAUAGUUGGCAAGCAAGCUAUAGAUGAUGAUUCCAACCAAACAGCCCAAAUGACAGCUGCUAUACUUGAUUGGCCACAAGCUACAUUUGCUUCGAAAGUUGAGAAAGGAGAUAAAGAACUCACCGUUACAAGGGAAAUCGAUGGUGGUUUAGAAACGAUUAAAUGUAAAAUUCCCGCUGUUAUUAGUGCCGAUUUGAGAUUGAACGAACCAAGAUAUGCUACUCUGCCUAAUAUUAUGAAAGCUAAGAAAAAACCCAUCCAAAAAUUGACACCAAAAGAUUUGGGAGUCGACGUGUCUCCUAGAAUCAAGAUUGUCAGCGUGGAAGACCCGCCAACUCGUCAAGCCGGUGCCAUUUUACCGGACGUGGACGCUUUGGUUGGUAAACUGAAAGAAGGAGGUCACGUAUGAUACGGUUUUAACAAACUUUUUAGUUCUUCUUAUAUUUUUUAAACUCAUUUUCCUUACCUUAUUAUAUUGAAGAAGUGUAUUUUAAGUUUACUUUAUACAAUGAUAUUAUUACGUCUGUUUAAAAUAUACUUAUGAAUGCAUAUUUUUU